AUGCACACCAACCAUCAACCAGAAAUGAACCAUACAAUCAUAAAUGAGGCCAUAAGGAGAGCCAAGGAAGCCAGACUGAGAGUGGAAAAGAGAAGAGAAGAGAUCAAGAAACAAAACAAAGUGCAUACAACAAACAUUACAGGCAGGAAGGAAACAGCUAAAGAACUAACAGGAAGCGAUAACAUCAAGACUAUCCACCUCAGAGGAAACACUCGUGUAAAUGAGACGAUAGCAGCAGCAUGGGUGAAGAGCACAAAGAACAAGCACCGGGGGGGCCUCAAAGCUUACCUUGACUUCUGUAACAAGCACAAAGUACCAGAGCAGAACCGAUUCCCAGCUGAAGACCAACUCAGAGGCAUUCGAGCCUUCCACAUUCAACACAACCUAACCUACAAGACCUCUAUACGACUCAAAUACACACUAAUUGGUCUAGACAAACAAGCUCCAUUGGAUAGUAAACAACCAGAAUGCCCACCAGUUACGAAGGAGAUGCUCAAACUCCUGCAUGACAAACUAAACCUCCAAAACACCUUCGACAUUGCAGUAUACACUCUAGCCACCAUGGCAUUUUAUGCACAGAUACGACUGGGAGAACUAAUCCCUAAAAAGCAAAAUAUAAAUGCCUUCGAUGCCAAGGAACAGCCAACAGGACACCAUCUAGCUCCUCCGCAUACCACCCAUGGAUCUUGA